AUGAGUGCCACUGAAGACAUAGCAAAGGACUACUAUGACUACCCUGAUUGGAACAUGGAGAACGCUGUGCCUACCAAGGUCCCAGUUGAAGUAAUCCCACCAUGUGACCCUACAGCUGAUGAUAGACUCUACCACAUCUGCAUCUCUGCCAUUUCUCUGGUGGUCAUGUUGAUCCUAGCAUUCCUUGCCAGGAGGAGGAAGCUGGCGGAUGGGCAGAAAAGAGUCCCAGGGUUACUCAGCCCAGUGAACUUCCUGGACCACACGCAACACAAGGGCUUAGCUGUAGCCGUGUUUGGCGUGCUGUUCUGCAAACUGUUUGGUCUGGUUAUCGCCCCAAACCCUCUUCCCUUCACCACAGACCAAGCCAACAAACAGUACUGGAUUAUUGUCUCGUUGUUCUACUACCCUGUUCUGUACCUUCCUCUCCUGGCCUGUGGAACGCUACGUAACGCCGUGGGGUACGUGCUGGGGUCCCUGCUUUCCUGGACUCACUUUGGGGUGCUCGUCUGGCAGAAGGCCGACUGCCCCAAGACACCAGAGAUCUAUAAGUACUACUCCCUGUUGGCCAGCCUGCCCCAGAUCUGUUGCCUGGCCUUCCUCAGUUUCCAGUAUCCUCUGCUGCUGUUCAAGGGCCUGAAGGGGACAGAGAAAACCACCACUGGCGAGGACCUGAGCAGCAGCUACUACAAUGACUACGUCAAGAAUAUACUAAAGAGGAAGAAGCCUUCCAAAACCAGUACUAGUACAGAGAAGCCCACACUGGUGGAGAGGAUAACUGAUGCUGUGAAGUCCUACAUGUACACACCAGAGGAAGUUUUCCGGUUUCCUCUGAAGCUGGCGAUAUCUGGAGUAGUGUCAUUUACUGCUCUUUACCAGGUACCAAUGU